AUGGCGUCCCUAAAGAGCGCAUUGCCUGCACACCUGAAGCCUUCUACGCUGGGAGGAAACGGAAAUGGGAAUAAGGCUGCUGCCGACGCUGAGUUCGCCAAAAAGCACCAUGGAAAGACUCAAUCACACAUGCUCUGCAUGCACCGUGGGAAAAGGGGCAAGGACGACUUGCACAUCCACAAGCCGGCUCUUCCUACAACUUUCAAAUUCAGCCCUCUCCUACGGCCCGACCCAGAUCAACAUCCUGCGCUGAGAGAGCCCCCUGAGCAUGUACCUACCAUAGUUACUAUGGAUUCCAACCUACCGUCCCCGCUUCCUCAGCCAACCCCCGAGAAGCACGAAGCUACAGAUGUUACGAUUUCUCCAAAUCUAUCAUUCAAGGAUUCGACAGUGCUAAUGCCCUUUGACUACCAGGCGUUCGAGAACACAUCCACCUCUGUUGCUGCCAGCCAGAUGCGAAAUGCCCUAAACAACCUCGCCGAUACUGUCAGUGAUACUGAGCAGAAGAAGCUAUUUGAGACGGAAAUGGACAACUUCUUUGCCCUUUUCCGACGCUAUCUGAAUGACAAGGCGAAGGGGAACACACUCGAUUGGGACCGCAUUGCGCCACCAGCUGAGAACCAGGUUGUUGAUUAUAAUGAGCUUGCGAACUCCGAAUCUGUUGGUUUCCUGAACAAGCUUGCCGUUCUCAAGCUCAACGGUGGUCUCGGAACCUCCAUGGGCUGUGUCGGACCAAAAUCAGUUAUCGAAGUCCGUGAUGGCAUGUCGUUCCUUGACCUUUCCGUUCGACAGAUCGAGUACCUCAACCGCACAUAUGAUGUCAAUGUUCCAUUCGUUCUCAUGAACUCGUUCAACACCGACGAUGAUACUCAGAAUAUUAUCAAGAAAUACGAGGGACACAAUAUUGACAUCAUAACCUUCAACCAAUCCCGGUACCCCAGAAUUUUGAAAGAUUCACUCCUUCCAGUACCUAAAUCAUUCGAUUCUCCCAUCACCGAUUGGUAUCCUCCCGGACACGGAGAUGUGUUCGAAUCGCUUUACAACUCCGGUAUUCUAGACAAGCUCAUUGAGCGGGGCAUCGAGAUUCUCUUCCUUUCCAAUGUCGACAACCUGGGUGCUGUGGUUGAUCUCCGUAUCCUCCAGCACAUGGUUGAGACAAAGUCGGAAUAUAUUAUGGAACUUACCGACAAGACCAAGGCCGAUGUCAAGGGUGGCACCAUCAUUGAUUAUGAGGGCUCUGUCCGUCUCCUCGAAAUUGCCCAGGUUCCUAAAGAGCAUACCAAUGAGUUCAAGUCUAUCAAGAAGUUCAAGUACUUCAACACCAACAACAUCUGGAUGAACCUGAAGGCAGUGAAGCGCGUUGUUGAAAACAACGAGCUAGAGAUGGAGAUCAUUCCUAACAACAAGACCAUUCCUGCGGACAAGAAGGGCGAGUCAGAUAUCUCCAUUGUCCAACUUGAGACCGCAGUUGGUGCCGCUAUCCGCCACUUCCGCAACGCCCACGGAGUCAAUGUUCCUAGAAGACGCUUCUUGCCUGUCAAGACUUGCUCUGAUUUGAUGUUGGUGAAAUCAGACCUCUACUCGCUAAAGCAUGGUCAACUCCAAAUCGACCCAAGCCGAUUUGGCCCUGCUCCCCUUAUCAAACUUGGCAACGACUUUAAGAAGGUUUCAGACUUCCAAAAGCGCAUUGGCAGCAUCCCCAAGAUCAUUGAACUUGACCAUUUGACCAUUACUGGUGCAGUCAAUCUCGGAAGGGGCGUUACGCUGAAGGGCACUGUCAUCAUUGUAGCCACAGAAGGAAGCACAAUUGACAUUCCUCCCGGAUCCAUCCUGGAAAAUGUCGUGGUUCAAGGCUCUUUAAGACUGUUGGAGCAUUAG